UGACCGCGAAUUCAGUUUAAAAUGGAAAAAACAACACCAAACAAUAGUGAUAUUGCAAUAAAUACCUUAAAUCAUCAAAAUAAUGUGGAAAGUAUUGGAGCACCAGCUCAAGCAGCACAGGAAGCGGUUGACAAAAUUCGCGAUGCUAUUGUGGAAGAGUCCAUUGGAGAUGCUGAUCUUAGUGCAAAGGCAGCUGGUGCAGCGUUUAAGAACAUUAGUGAUGAUGAAGAGGGCAAUCCUCAAGAUUUUAUAGAAGUACACGCGGCUGAACCUGUGCGUAAAUAUGCGUUUAGGUUCAAAAAAUGUGAUAAAGGCAAUAUUUUGACUGUACAUCACACUGUUCACACGGGUGAUUCUUACAAUCGGCUUUGUAUGGUAUUAUGCUGUUUCAAUAAGCAUAGUACAAACAUGGUGGCAAUAACAUCAAAUGCACUUAUAUUUGUAUUUGACUUGGUUAACAAAUUAUAUUGGAGAUUGCCGAUAUCAAUUAACCGUCCAACGGCAAUAGCGCAUUGGGCGCAGAGAGAAAACCAAUAUAUUAUUGGUAAUGCAUAUGGUGAAUUGUUUCUACUGGAUUUAGAGCGAUCAGAAUUUAUACUACAGAACACAGUAGCUGAAUUCAAAAUCAUAGCCAUAUCCCUGCCGGACCGACUAACAAAACACAAAGAGUUAGCGCUCGUACAAAGUCGUAAUGAAGUAUUGAUAGUUGAUUUAGCUACAUUUCUGCCAAAACAUCGGAUGGAAUUCGAUAAAGAGGAGAUCUCCCUUAAAUUUGCAUGCUACCUGCCUCAAUCACAUAAGUUAUUCAUGUGUUUUACUAAUGGCAGUGUUCAUAUCUGGUCAAGUCGCACUAUGAAGCGUAAUCGCGUUUUACAUUCUAUAGAAAUGCGUGAUCGAAGACUGAAAAUGCAAGGUGCUGCGGGCUUAACAGCAGAAUUUGUGCUUCGUCAAGACUACAAUGUUGUGAGCGAAUUUGGUUAUUUAGAUUGUCUAUUAGUUCACAUUGACGGCAUGAUUCUUGCUUACUGUUGUCAUCCCGAUAAUGGCCUUGUUUGUCUUUCCACAGCGGAUGGUUUUUUGUUAUUGAUAAACACCUGCACAUUUGAACUGGCGUAUAUUUGCCGUCUGAAAGAUUUCAUUUUGCGAGAAUGUGUGUUUCUCAAACAACAAAAUGAGGUAUUAAUUUGUGGCGUGACUGGCGAUCCUGGGCAAGUAGUUAUUUUAAAUUGCCUUAAGAAGGAUAUUAUAUUGAGAAUACAGUUAGAGAAGGCUAGAAUACUUAACAUAUCGAAAGAUAGCAGAUUUUUGACGGUAUUUAAUGAAACCGGUGAGAUGAAUCUUUGGUCCACAAGUCAAAUAUGCAGUUCACUAAAAUCACAGGAGGAGUGCAUGCGAUCACUGCAGGCUGUUUUCCAACAAAACAAAUCAGUGUUACUUGUUGGGCCUUCACUUUAUCGAAAAAGAACUAUAAUGGCCGAGGAGGAAUGCCUACAUGAGGAUGUUCGGAAAUUAUUGAAUCGUGAUCGUCUAUUGGGCAUACUGCGAGAGUUUCACUGGUUUCCACAGAAAUAUCGCGUAAUCAUAUGGUGUGCUCUCCUGCAAUUGCCCUAUAACCGAAGCGAAUAUUUUCAACUUUUAAAAAUGGGCACACCCACCAUGGUGAAGCAGCGUGCUAAACAAAUACAAAUACGUGAUGGCACACUAAGGAAUGCUCUUAUACGUGCUUGGUCUUGUCUGGCGCACUGGUGUCCCGUUUUCGCACAUAGCAAAUUCUUACCAAAUUUAUUAUUUCCAUUUGUAAAAUUAUUACAACGUAACGCACUUGUCACAUUUGAAAUUUGUGUUACCCUACUGAUGAAUCAUUUUCAGUUAUGGUUCGAAUUGCAUCCACUGGAGCCCAAUAAUUAUUUGGGUUUGUGUGAAAAUAUAUUACAGUCCGAAUGUGCAGAGCUGUGUACAUUUUAUGCAGGUAUGCAUGUCAGACCGGAACACUAUGUCUGGUCGAUAUUGUCUACAGGAUUCUCAGAAGUUUUUAAUGAAGCAGACUGGUUAUGCUUGUGGGAUAAUAUCAUUGCCUGGCCAUCAUACUUUCCGAUAUUUAUUGCUGUUGCAUACAAUAUUGAACAGAGUAAGGCAAUCAUGCAUUUGCCCGACAAACCAACCAUAUUGGCCUUCUUUCAUGAGCAAAAUCCCGUCGAUGUGAGUAAAGUAAUAAGUAAAGCAUUUAAUUUAAUGCAAAAAUGCCCACAAACAUUGCAUCCGGGACGUUAUAUGAAGGAAUUCCAAUGUAUACCAAAGAAAGUGUAUCCAAAAUUCUUGAAUUAUCCACGAGAGUGGUUGGCCAAACACGAGGAAGAUCUAUCCGCUGUACAAAAGGAAAAACAAUAUAUUGAUGCUAAAAUUAGACAGUUGGAACUUGAAGAAAUGAAAUUGAAGGAACAUCUCGAAAACGGUUUACGUGAAGAGGAACAUGCAAGACAAGUGGAGAAAAUGGAAAAGCUUUAUCGUUCAACGCUUAAUCGUGAGGAAGAACGUCUUGCUUGCCAUCGUCAAUUACUUAAUGUAUAUCAGAAAGAGCUGCGCAAUCGCAAAGCCGAAGUAGCUGUACUUGUGGAAGAGUCUGAACAACGUCAACGUGCCUUACAAAUGGAAAAGGAUCUGGAGUUGCUAAUGCAGAGCAUAGAGUGCGAACGCACACGUAAUGACACUGAUUUACGUAUGGUCGAAGAGGAGAUACGUAACGAGGAGCUUGAGUUGCUUUUACACAACCGUAUGAAUGUGCCUGGUACCUGCUCGCUGCGCAAUAAAUAUUAUGAGCGUUUUAAGAGACUGCACAACGAACGACGUUCAAUAAGAGAACAAAUUAAUGAGAUCUCGAACUCACCAAAAAUAUCAAAAAUCGCAUUGAAUGCACAAAAUUCUAACAAAAAGCCACAUCUGGAUACUAUUGAGGAGCGUAUUGAGGAAUUACAAAGAGAAUUCAACGAUAUAUUAAAUUCUAAAUGAUAAGCAAUAUUUUAAGGAUCGCAAAGAUUCAACUUGGGACAGAGGGUUAUUGCAAUAACACAGCUUUUGGUGAUCAAAGGUCCGGAGUCAAGUAAGAAAUCAUGUCAAAUUGAGAGAAUUCCAAAAUGUUGACGCCAGCAACGCGGUAAUAAAUUUGUUACAGUGCAGAAAUGGUCACUACGGCGCUAAACGCACCGAGUAAUAGGUGAGACUCAAGUAAUAAGGCCUGAUUAUGAGACCUAAUGCCAAUCACAACGUCAUAAGAUUAUAUAAAACUCUAUCAGAUAUUAAACUCUGCUCUAUUAUUCUCGCAAGAGGUAGACUACAUCAUUUCCGACUACUGCUUCGACAAUAUUUUGUCAACAAAAAUUCCAGAGAGCAACGAAUGGUCAGUUUUGGAUGAUAGAUCCGUAGUCAUUGAUCGAAUCGAGGAUCUUACUUCUUCUAAACCGGUGUAAGACCCGGACAUAGUCUUAUAGUGACUCAUGGUAGAAGGAUGGGCUACUUAUCAAAUGACUUGCAGUAGCUGCAGGGACUAUAGAUGAGGAGGAAUCGGUGGAACAUUACUUCGAUUGCUUUGCAGAGCUUGCAUCUGUAGGCAUGAUUAAACACCUGAACUUCAUUUCAGAUACACUAAGUGGUGUGAAUCUCUUUCACACGUCCAACAUACAUAGGUGUGAUAAUGGUCCACGAGACCUAAGUGCGCUUGAUCAGUGUUCUAUGAUCAACUCUCACGGCAGCCGGUAUACAUACAUCGGUUCUUCCAAAGUCUGUCACCCUUACGGAGAUCUAACCCCGUUUAGAUCAACAGAUCAAGGGUUCCGUGAUCGAGCUACCUAACUAACUAACUAAAUAACUAACAAACGUGCAAUGAACAUCCAAACGUCACUCACUCUUUGUUUGGCUCUUUAAAAUGGAUCAUCGAAAAUUCCAUUCCAUACGGACCGAAUCCAGCGAAACUGCAUACUCCAGAUAGUUGACAUUGAUGACAUAGACUAGCUAUGCAUUCUACGCGGAUUUUAACGUACCCCUACAACAACAAUUACAACAACAUCAAUGUUCCAUCUAAGAAUAAGGAAUUAAAGUUGACUGCCAACAUGAAGGACCCUAACUAUUUUGGCUUAUCAAUGGGUGUUAGAUUUUGGGUACAGAAAGAAGAUAACGUUAGCGGCCUUAUAUACAUAAAUGCGUAUAGUUUUCUGUUUUCAAAAAUUAAUGAUCUCAUUCAUUACCCGAGAAUAUGGUGCUCAGCUAAAAUUGCAACUUUUAAAAAUAUGCAUUUUAUCAUCUAAAAUGUGUUUUAUUUGUGCUCUGCACUUGGCUCUGAUCUAAGCAAUUUUUAAUGUUAGUGAUGACAGAAUCCACUGGCCGAAAAUGUUGUCAUCACAUGUGUUUUUGUGGCGCGCCCACCUUUUUGAGCUACCAUUUAUGUACAUACAUAUGGCUGUAUGUGUGUGUGUAUGUGAGCAACAAACCAAAAAUUGUAAACAUAAAAAAACUGGAAUUUUUUGAAUUUGAGUGUGUGUUAUGUGUGCUUAUUUCUAAUUACAAAUGCAGAAACAAAAACAAAAAUUAAAUAUAAAUAAAUAUGUAUGUGUAGUAAAAAAAAAGAAUAACCGAAAUGACUGUCUACGAUGGAAUCUUCCAAAGUUUUGAAGAAUUAACAUAUUAAUUGAGCGAGUUAAAUUAACGGCUAAUCAUCCAUGCAGUCUCAUAUGUAUGUAUGUAUAUACAUGCAUAUAUAUGUACGUAUCACAUAUUAA